CAUCGCUGGGGUAUUUGACAGACGUUGUACGCAGUAUUUUGGAGUGUGGUGACGUAUUCGACGCGUGUGGGAGUAGCACGACGUCUUCGGUCUCGCGCGCCACACCGCCACACCGGUUCCGCGGUCCGCACUCGCCACUCGGCCUCCUUCGCGGAUACUCGUUUGCUGUCGCUAGUGCUAACAUUCAAAAAACACGUUCCAACAAUGUACGCUUCAAUGAAGGAUGAGUUCGACAAGAACGGCUUCGUAGUUUUAGAAAACUUUCUGAGGCCAUCUGAAUGUGAUGAGAUGGUGGAAGCUGGGCUAGAAUUUACCAAGAAUCUUCCAAGCAAAGAAGAAAGAGUCAUAUUUUCUACCGUCGACCCUGAAAAAAUGCACCUAUCAAAGGAAUACUUUAUCAAUAGCAAUGACAAGAUCAGCUACUUCUUUGAAGAGGACGCGAUUUUACCCGACGGCGAACUCAAAGUAGACCCUAGUAUAUCUUUAAGCAAGGUUGGGCAUGCCUUGCAUCUUCUGCACCCGCUCUUCAGGUGUUACACAUACUGUGAUCGAGUGAAGAAUGUCUGCGCUAAUCUAUGUUUAAAAGAGCCAGCCGUAGUGCAAUCGAUGUUUAUAUAUAAAAAUCCAAGAGUUGGCGGUGAAGUAUCAUCACACCAGGACAGCACAUACUUGCAGACAAGCAGAGUGCCAGCUGUAGGGUUCUGGAUAGCGCUAGAAGAUGCCACAACCGAAAACGGAUGUCUGUGGAUCGUGCCCGGGUCUCACAAAUCCGGUGUCCACAGGCUCAUGAUCCGGAAUCCAGAUAAGUCGAGCAAUGACCUCCUGAUAUACGAUAGGCCGCCUCCGAUUUAUGGACAGUCUGGCUUCCAACCUGUACCUGUCAACAAAGGUACGUGCAUCCUUCUCCAUGGCAACGUGGUCCACAAGAGUCACGCCAAUAAAUCGGAGAAAGGUCGUCCUGCUUACACUUUCCACGUCAUAGAAAAGUUUGACAACGAAUAUUCCCCGGACAACUGGCUUCAGGAGGGAGAAAAUGCGCCUUUCUGCAAUAUCUAUAAGACACCUCAAUUAGCUGAUAGUAGUAGUGACUAGAGACCUAGAUUAGUCUAACAAUGUGAACAUUUCGUUGAACUAAUCUUGAUCUGACUUGUCCAUUUUCUUACACUGAACAAAAUGGUGAACAUAGUCGAGAUUAAUGAUUUCUCUAUAAGCAAUAUUGUAUAAUAAUUUCGUAUUUUUAUACUACUGUUUAAGCCAUGAAAAAGUGCCGUAAAUUUGAGUACAGAUUAUUUUGUUUCCUUGAGGAAAAGUAAAACUAUAUUAUUAUUUUUUGAUAAACGUUUAAAAUUUUAGUUUACAAAAUAUAUGUUUACAAUUCGAAUAAAAAUCAAGAUAUUAUGUUAUUUUUCUAUUCUUAUACAUUUUGGAAUCAUGAGUAAAGUGAUUUGGUAAUCA